GGGUGUCUGGGAAUACAAGGGGAAGGGUGUCUAGGUAAGUUUCUCGUAGGAAGUGGGAUCUGAGUGGUGUUUGAUGGACAGGAAGCGUGAGUCAGCUGGCGAGCCAGCCAGGCAAUCAGGCUCAGAGAGAGAACUUCCCAAGAUGGAGAGGGAGGGGCUUAGUGGGGAUGGAGGAAGUUGGAGGCUGCUGGGGGGUGAGAAGUAUUUCCCUUCCCUGAGACCGCCAAUCAGUCACUCUGUCUCUAGCAGCCUCCUGACGGCUUGUCUUCUCCAUCGGCUUGGGGGCCGAGCCGGCUAACUUCCUGGGGCACAGGGCUGCUGACAUGGGGGCCCUUCUGUGGCUGCUUCCACUUUUGGUGCUCCGGGCAGCCAAAGGGUAUUCUGGAGAUGAUGUGGAUACAGAGGAAGUAGUCGCAGUCCUUCAGGAGUCCAUCAGCCUCCCCUUGGACAUACCAGCCGAUGAAGAAGUUGAGAACAUCAUCUGGUCCUCUUAUGUAAGGCUUGCCAACGUGGUUCCAGGGAAGGAGGGACAGUCGGCUACCAUCACGGUGACCAACCCUCGAUACAAGGGCCGAGUGAGCUUACUGGACCCCGGCUACUCCCUCCGCAUCAGCAAUCUGAGCUGGGAGGACUCGGGGCUGUACCAGGCUCAGGUCAACCUGAGAACGGCGCAGAUCUCCACCACGCAGCGUUACAAUCUCCGUGUCUACCGACGGCUGUCAGAGCCUCACGUCACCGUGUUCUUUGAGAUCACCCAGGAAGGUCGCUGUAAUAUAUCUCUGACCUGCUCUGUGGAGAAGGCAGGCUUGGACGUGACCUACAGCUGGAUAUCCUGGGAGGAUGGCAUGGACACGGUCCAUGAGAGCUCUGCCCUCAUCACAUCCUGGCGGCCGGGAGACAAUGCCCUCUCCUACACCUGCAGGGCCAGCAACCCCGUCAGCAGCACUGCUUCCCGCCCCAUCCCCGCCGGGUCCUUCUGUGCAGAUCCUGGCUAUCCUUCAGAGCAGUCGACUUACUUCUGCCUCUUGGCCAAGGGGCUGCUGCUACUCUUACUCUUCGUGAUUCUGGCUGCGGGGCUCUGGCUCCUCCGAGCCCAGAAACCAUGCCGAACGCCAAGGAGGAGGAAGUUCAAGAGAAACAGACUCAGACUGAAAAAGAAGAAGCCCCACCCCAGCCUGGCCUGAGUGCCCCCGGAGACCCCUGUCCUGAACACUGUUUCUCCCCAGCCUCCAGAGAGCCCCCCCCAGGGGGCAGAGGGGUGGGUGUUGAAAGGGCCACCCUCCCCCCGGGGUGGGUGGAUGAUUCUCCGGCAAUAAAGUCAGUUAGGUGACCACCA